GUUGAGAGGGAGUGAACUAGAAUGACCCAGUCUUUAUGGACAGACAUUAUCCGCUGGAACAGGACUUUUUCCCCCGUCGAACGCGGCAGCCUCCAGACCUCCUCACGGGAAGAGGAGCCAAACUAGUGGCAGACGCAGCUAUGACCGGAGCAACGGCCUUGUUGCUGUUCCUGGUCGGUCUCCUCCUCAUCACUGCCUGGAGCCUUAUAAAGAAGCCACGCAUACCAGGUCCUUUCUUCUGGGCCGGCCUGGGUCCUGUCCUCUCCUAUGCUAGAUUCAUCUGGACCGGGAUAGGAACCGCCAGUAACUACUACAACAAAAAAUAUGGGAGUAUGGUCCGCGUCUGGAUCAAUGGAGAAGAGACUCUCAUUCUUAGCAAGUCCUCCGCGGUGUACCACGUCCUGAAAAGUGCCAACUACACAGCCAGAUUUGCCAGCAAACGGGGACUACAGUGUAUCGGAAUGUACAGAAGAGGCGUCAUCUUCAACAGCGACGUCCCGCUCUGGAAAAAACUGAGGACAUACUUUGCCAAAGCCCUGACCGGUCCUGGCCUGCAGCGGACCAUAGGGAUCUGCACGAGUGCCACAGACAGACACCUGGAGUGCUUGCAGGAGAUGACAGACCCCUCAGGACAUGUAGAUGUUCUCAACCUGCUCAGGUGUAUUGUAGUGGACAUCUCCAACAGGCUGUUCCUCAGGGUCCCCCUCAAUGAGAAGGAGCUGCUACUGAAGAUCCAGCACUACUUUGACACCUGGCAAACAGUUCUGAUCCAACCGGAUAUCUUCUUCAAAUGUGGCUGGAUGUACAAAAAGCAUCAGCAAGCAGCUAAGACACUUCAGGACACAAUGGAAAGCCUCAUUGAGAGAAAAAGAAAAGCCAUUCUUGAAUCUGAAAAGCUUGAUGACGAUAUUGACUUCACAUCUGAACUCAUAUUUGCUCAGAACCACGGGGAGCUGUCAUCAGAAAACGUGAGACAGUGUGUGUUGGAGAUGGUCAUCGCGGCCCCAGACACUCUGUCCAUCAGCCUGUUCUUCAUGCUGCUGCUGCUGAAGCAGAACCCAGAGGUGGAGAUGAGGGUCAUAGAGGAGAUCCACACUGUUCUAGGUGAUGCAGGUGCUUGGAUUCAUUCCAUUUCAGCAAAGAGCACAACUUGCUUUGUACAAUAUUAUCCCCUCCUAUUCCCAGGGGGUAAAGAUGUGCUCACAGUCGACUUCCAGAACUUCAGAGUGUUGGAGAGUUUCAUCAAUGAGUCCAUGAGGUUCCACCCUGUGGUGGACUUCACCAUGAGGAAGGCCCUGGAAGAUGACAUCAUCGACGGAAUCAGUGUUGCCAAAGGAACCAACAUCAUCCUCAACAUAGGACUUAUGCAUAAGACAGAGUUUUUCCCCAAACCCAAUGAGUUCAGCUUGGAGAACUUUGACCAAACUGUGCCCAAUCGCUUCUUUCAGCCAUUCGGCUGCGGCCCACGCUCCUGUGUGGGCAAACACAUCGCCAUGGUGAUGAUGAAGGCUGUUCUGGUGACACUGUUAUCCAGGUACACGGUGUGUCCUCGUCAGGGCAACACGCUGGCCAGCAUCAGGCAGACCAACAACUUGUCACAGCACCCUGUGGAGGACAAACACAGCUUUGCCAUGAGGUUUAUACCCAGAACUGACACGGCCUGAUCACAACACCACUACACGAGGUUCAUACCCAGAACUGACACGGCCUGAUCACAACACCACUACACGAGGUUCAUACCCAGAACUGACACGGCCUGACCACAACACCACUACAUGAGGUUCAUACCCAGAACUGACACGGCCUGAUCACAACACCACUACACAAGGUUCAUACCCAGAACUGACACAGCCUGAUCACAACACCACUACAUGUCACCAUAACAGAGGACGGCCUGAUCGUGGCCUUGCCCAGAAUGAUGGCCUGGUCACCAGACUCUUACCACUGGAGCUUAACUAUUGACGUAGAACCAGCACUGACCUAACGCAUACACACUGUAUAUACAUAUUUCUACGACAGCACAAACGCAUAUAGAACCAGGUUACAGUCCUACUUUUUUGGUCAGUGGUAAUUCCAUAAUUUCAUACUUUACUGUUACUAUCAGCAUUUGACUUGGGAUGAAAUGAGUGCAGGAACUAAUGUGUUAAGGCUUGCUCCAUUAAAGUAGCCUAUUCCAAACAUCCCGGAGGGCUCUUUUGCCUAACAUUAGAAGUACCGGUAUGCCGUUCCAGCCUGAGUCAAGCACUGGUUACCAUCCUACUGAUGCCUGCUCUUCCACAAUUAAAAAUCAUAGCCAGUAAUUAUUCUACUGACGCUACUACUCCACUGUAUUUUGUAGACAUUCAACAGCUGUAAAUUCAGAAGCAUAAACCCACAUAAAUGUUUUUUUCUAUUUCAUGUCAUCACAAUGUUCAACUAAUUGUUUGUAUCAUGUGCACGACUACUGUAGCUGUUCACUCAAUA